GAAAAUUUGCGCAGUCCAUAGAAAAUGAAUGUUACAGCGCAAUGUCCAAUACUGCGUUCUCGAAUAUGGCGAUAGUUGUGAAUUUACGUGUUGUGAUAAGUGCUACCUUGUGACUUAAUAUGUUUGAAAAUGGAUAGUAAAGCAAUUAUUUAUACAAAGAAAGUGUGAUAGUAGUGUAAAUAUACAUAUUUGUUGUAAAUUUUAGUGAAACGAAACGAAAAUGUCUACAGACAAAAUAAAAGUUGCCGUUCGGCUCCGUCCUUUUAACAGAAGAGAAUUAGAAAUGAGGGCUCAAAGUGUCGUAGAGAUGGAACAAGAUCAAACAAUCAUCCACCAGCCUACUACGUUGGAUAAACUGGACAGAAAACACCCGAAAGCGUUCGCGUUCGACCACUGUUUCUGCUCAGUGGAUCCGAGCAAAAAGGAUUUCGCCUCUCAGGAGGUCGUCUUCGAUUGCCUAGGAAGGGACAUCCUCGAUAACGCAUUUCAAGGAUACAACGCCUGCAUAUUCGCUUACGGUCAAACAGGAUCGGGAAAAUCGUAUACAAUGAUGGGUUCGCAAGACAGCAAGGGAAUUAUUCCGAGACUUUGUGAUUCGUUAUUUGGCCUAAUAGCGGAAAAACAAAGCUCUCAAUUAACAUACAAAGUCGAAGUUAGUUAUAUGGAAAUUUACAAUGAAAAGGUACACGAUUUGUUGGAUCCGCAAACAAACAAACAAUCACUAAAAGUGAGGGAACACAACGUCCUUGGUCCUUACGUUGAUGGAUUAUCCCAACUGGCUGUAACGGCGUUUCAGGAUAUCGACAAUUUAAUGGCGGAAGGCAACAAGUCGAGAACAGUUGCAGCAACGAACAUGAACAGUGAAUCAUCCAGAUCUCAUGCCGUAUUUACCGUAAUCCUGACACAAACGCUUAUAGACCAUAAAACAGGCGUAACGGGAGAGAAAGUUAGCAGAAUGUCAUUAGUAGAUUUAGCAGGUUCUGAGAGGGCUGUGAAAACCGGAGCAGUCGGGGAACGGCUCAAAGAAGGCUCUAAUAUUAAUAAGUCGUUAACGACCUUAGGUCUAGUCAUUUCUAAAUUAGCUGAUCAAUCCACUGGCAAAAACAAAGAUAACAAGUUCGUGCCAUACCGAGAUUCCGUUUUGACCUGGCUGCUCAAAGACAAUUUAGGCGGCAACAGUAAAACAGUCAUGGUUGCUACCAUAUCCCCGGCAGCUGAUAACUACGAAGAGACCCUUUCCACACUCCGGUACGCUGACAGAGCCAAGCGAAUCGUCAACCACGCGGUGGUUAACGAAGAUCCGAACGCCAGGAUUAUCAGAGAACUCACCCAAGAAGUGGAGGCGCUCAGAGAAAUGCUGAAGCACGCUACGGGAUCCCCCGUGGGCGACAUCCAACGCGUGGAUAUCCACCAAAAGCUCAGCGAAAGCGAAAAAUUGUACAAAGAAAUGUCGCAAACUUGGGAAGAGAAGCUGAUGAAAACCGAAAGAAUACAAAACGAACGGCAGCAAGCUUUAGAAAAGAUGGGCAUUAGCGUGCAAGAUUCGGGUAUAAAAGUAGAAAAGAAUAAAUACUAUUUAGUUAAUUUAAACGCCGACCCUUACUUAAACGAAUUACUAGUGUAUUAUUUAAAAGAUGUAACCGUAGUAGGCAAUAGUAGCAACGGCUACGACAAAGAAUCCGACAUCCAACUCUCAGGCUUAGGCAUACAGCCUGUGCAUUGCAUCAUAACGAUCGAAGAUAACGGGCUGUUUCUCGAGCCCCUCACCAACGCCAGAUCUUGCGUGAACGGAUCGCAGGUCAAUGAAAAAACCCAGCUGAGACACGGCGAUCGGAUUGUAUGGGGCAAUCACCACUACUUCAGAGUCAACUGUCCCAGAUCGAUCUCAACUUCUGAACCUCAAACGCCGGCUCAGAACAUAGACUACAACUUCGCUAGAGACGAGCUGAUGACGAACGAAUUGAGUAACGAUCCGAUACAGACGGCCAUCGCUCGGCUCGAGAAACGCCACGAGGAAGACAAACAAGUCGCCCUGGAGAAGCAGCGCGUGGAGUACGAAAGGCAGUUCCAGCAGCUCAGGAACCUGGUCUCACCGUCGACUCCUUACUCGUCCUAUUCCUACGAUCCCCUGCGAAUAGGCCUCAGCAAGACGGCGCCUUGCACGCCCACGACGCAGAUGAAAGUUGAGCGAUGGGCCCACGAGACGGACGAGAUGUUCAGGAGGAGCAUAUGUCAAUUAAAAGAGGAUAUACUGAGGGCGAAUUCGUUGGUGAAGGAAGCCAAUUGCCUCGCCGAAAAUAUGGGCAGGCAGACCAAGUUCAGCGUCACCUUGCAGAUCCCUCCGGCUAAUUUGAGCCCCAACAGACGGAAAGGUGCAUUCGUCAGCGAACCGGCGAUUUUAGUGAAACGAAACAAUUCUAGUCAAGUGUGGUCGAUGGAAAAACUGGAGAACAAAAUCAUCGACAUGAGAGAAUUCUACGAGGAGCACAGGGACAUCGAGAACGACCACGAAAACAAUAACGAAAUCAAAGGACUCGACCCGUUCUUCGAGUCGCGCGAAGAGCACAAUCUGAUAGGCGUAGCCAACGUGUUCCUCGAAUGCCUGUUUCACGACGUCACGUUGGACUAUCACACGCCUAUAAUAAGCCAACAGGGCGAGGUGGCGGGCCGAUUGCAGGUCGAAUUGAGCCGAGUCGCCGGUUCGUUCCCCCAAGACAGGAUGUGCGAGGCCGCGUCGGACAAUUCGUCGGAAUGCAGCCACGAAGACGACGACCUGUCGGCGAGCUCGCAGGUCACGAUACGCGUCAGCAUCAAACAGGCCUCCGGCUUGCCGCUGAGCCUCGCCAAUUUCGUCUUCUGCCAGUACUCCUUCUGGGGACACCCGGAGGCCGUCGUGGUGCCCGACAGCGCGGAGCCGAACACCAACGGCCAGCCGACCACCGUUAAAUUCGAUCACACGCAGGAUUUCACCGUGAACCUCUCGGAGGAGCUCAUUGAUCUGUGCUCGGACGGCGGAGCGCUCUCGAUCGAAGUGUGGGGCAACAGGAGUUCGGGCUUUUCGCAGUACAAGCCGGGCUGGGAGGUGGUGGAACAGCAACUGGCGACGGCGAGAUCGCUGCUGGACAGAUGGUCGGAGCUGACUAGAAAGAUCGAAUUGUGGGUGGAAAUCCAAGAGUUGAACGAUCAGGGCGAGUACGGGGCCGUCGAGGUCGCCAUGAGGACCGACAUGCUGACGGGCGGCAUAUAUCAACUAAGGCAGGGCCAACAACGAAGAAUCCAAGUUAGGGUUAAGCCUGUGCAGAACUCCGGAACGCUGCCUAUCAUCUGUCAAGAGAUCAUCAAAAUCGAAGUAGGCGGCGUUUUAGUGCGAAGUAGGUUACAGAAACCCCUAGAUUCAUAUCAAGAAGAGGAUCUCACCGUGCUUAGAGAAAAAUGGAGCGACGCGUUGCAAAAGAGAAGGCAAUAUUUGAACCAGCAGCUGCAGAAUCUAUCGGAAAAAACCGAUAAAACCGAGCAAGAAACCGAAAGAGAAAAGAGCUUGAUGGAGCAAUUAGUGAAUUUAACAGAAGAAAGCAACGCUGUGUACAUACCGCAACCGGGAACUGGUAUUCCUGGAGCACCGGCAAUGUGGAGCCCACCACCUGGUAUGGAACCCCACAUACCAGUACUUUUCCUAGAUUUAAACGCCGACGAUUUAUCAACGAAUCCUGCCGGAGAAGAGGUAACAAUCGCAGGAGUCAAUUCGAUUCUCCCCAAGGAAAACGGGAAGGAGUUCUACAGUUUGCGCAUUCUCAGUCACCUCGAAAAGGACGUGUGCGCUAUAGCAGCUUGGGACUCCUCGAUCCACGACAGCCCGAACUUAAACAAAGUCACCGAAGCAAACGAGAGGGUCUACAUGAUACUCCGCGUGACGGUGCGCCUCUCUCACCCGGCCCCCAUGGACCUGGUGCUGCGGAAGAGACUGGCCAUCAACGUGUACAAGCGGCAGCGGUUCACCGACAUGAUCAAAAACCAGAUUAAAUCGAAAAUCACCCGCACCGAUCUGGUGACGACCAGCGGCGUGACUUACCUGGUCGUCUCCAACGUGCCCAAGGCCAGCGAGGAGCUGGAAGGCCGGGAGAGCCUGGCGCAGCUGGCGGCUUCCGGGGAAAAUUCUUCCAUGUGCGACGGCGAAACUUACAUAGAAAAAUAUACAAGAGGAGUGAGCGCUGUGGAAAGUAUCUUGACGUUGGAUAGAUUGAGGCAAAGUGUUGCUGUUAAGGAAUUGCUGCAAGCCAGAGGGCAGCCUCUCAUGAGGAAGACUGUUAGUGUACCGAAUUUCUCUCAGACUUUGGAAAACAAAAAUGGGAUCAUGAGACUGGACGUUAGCAGCGAAUCUUUGCAUAUAUCCAGAUCGGAGAGCGUGUCAGAGCUAAACAGCGAACUCGGUUUGGGACCUUUGAGAAACCGAUCGUCGUUCGGGAAAGACCCAGACGCAACUCCGACUAAGUACGGAGGGCUAGGCUCCAUUCUUUCAGCACGACCUACGUUUUUAAACCUCAACAUAAAUUUGAAUUCGCUGAGAAUGCAACAACCGACAACUACGAAACUGUUCCCUGGAAUGGUGUCUCCUGCUAACGCUAAGUUAGGAUUAAGAAUGACAACUCUGCACGAGGAACCGACGAAAAUGUUACCCAGGAAGCACUCGUUCGAUCUGCUAAUGGACGAUCCCAUCGAGGAACAGGACGAAGGCUACACCGGAAAACCCGAAUCACACUAUAUCCAACGCAAGAAGACUUACGCCAAGAAAAUGCUGCCCAUGUCCCGCACCCUCGAUUCUCUGACGGAAUUCGCUCCAAAACCUAACACGCCAUCUUCCAGCUCCAGCGGGUACGGGUCCCAAGCCGUCUCCACCUCGAACCUCUGCGACGACGCCCUUUCCCUCAAAAGCCUCAGCGUCGACGAAACCCCCGACCUCGAUUGCCAAAUCAACUACUACCUAGAACCCGUCACCGAAAUAACCAAAAACAUCGAGCAGUCGCAAGUCGAGGAGCACGCAUCGAACAACGACGAGAGCUCGGACGACGUGAUCAACGGCGACAGCGAUUCGAAUCAGCACCAACCUGGAAGUGACCUUAACGAAUCGAGCUCCGUGGUGAAGACGAACCUGUCGCCCGGACGGGUCGUGCGCAGGAAACGGCAGAGCGCCAGGGCCCACCCGCACCGCGCCUCCUUCCCGCUGGCCAGGCCGGUCAUGUCCGAGAGCAAGUCGGCCCACAACCUCACCAGCAAGAAUCUAGGUUUGACCAACGAAGAUGAGGGCAUGGAUAGCUCGACCGAUCGCUUGGAAGAUGAGCACGAAAACAGCUUCGGUUCGCGCCCUGAUUUAUCCAAGUUCCACGAAGUUCCCGUCCCGGAUUGGGUGAUAGUAGGAGAAAGCGUUCUCAUUAGACCGUACAACUCUUCGGGCGUGGUGGCCUACGUGGGGGAGACGGAGUUUUCGUCCGGCAUUUGGGUGGGAGUGGAGCUGGACGCUCCCAAAGGUAAAAACGACGGCAGCAUAAAGGGCGUGCGAUAUUUCACGUGCAAGCCGAAGCACGGCAUGUUCGUGAAGGCCGACAAAUUGAUAUUAGACAGACGAGGACGCGCCAUGAGGCUCGACAAGGCCGAGACUCUUGCCAACAGCAAUAAAUGUUCUCUGAGUAAAGAAUCGCUUUCGCGGUCCCGGUCUAGGGGGAAUGGUUUGAACACGGCUGGUACCCGGGCUAGUUCGAAAGCAAAGUAAACGAGUCAGUUUUUUCCGAAACGUCUCUUCAAUAGUCCACCCUAUUUUUAGCCAUUUUGCCGUGUUUAACGACACAAACUGUGUGCCGUCCAUUUACAUGGCGUAGUGUUAUAUAUCCUUGCCAUUAAGUAAUUUACCUUUUGUAGUGUCUCACUGUACAGGGUUAUCUAUUAAUAUCCACCUACAUGAAUGUUUAAAAAAAAAGAAAGAGAGAAUUGGGUGAAUGCAUAAACCUAAAAAUAUACACAAAUAUUGUAAAUGUUUUCGGGCAGAUUGCAUUUCACUUUGAAAUUCUCGACGUUCAGAAAUAGAUGACUAGUACGCGUAUUUGGUUGCACUUUCAAAGAGCGAACACUUAGCUUUGUAUUUUAAUCGUUUCGUAGUGAAUUUGAAAUUUAUAUGAGCUAAUUAUUACGUAAAUUAGAAGGCUACAGCGAGACUGCUAUAUUUUUUGAAUAACCAAAAAAAAGAUAUAAUUUUAUACCCGAUCUUCUCGCUGUAGCUUUUCGAUUAAGACUAUUUUUUAAGCUCUGUUGCACAUCGGUGUGUCUAAGUUCAGCCAAAUAUCUACCUCCUGUAUGUGGUCCAUAAUCUGAAACCCAGUUUAUUCAGAUUGAAUCAUUGUCUUAUAUGAACCUUAGCAUUUUCUUUGCCUUGUAACAUAAAAGGGAAACUGCGCAAAAUAAUAGUGCUAAAAAAAGAGAAAUGCUGCCACAGAAACGGAAUAGACAUACGUAUAAACAAAAAAGUAUUUUUUAUAAUAGUUAAUUUGUGUCUAGAUUGUUCGUGGUAAAACCAUUUCUAAAUUCAAACGUUCAGCAAUGCUAUUGCUGCGUUGUUAUCACAAAUCAAAUCAUUAAAUUCAUAUAUUUUCACAUAUAUUAUGUUGGUAAAAUCACUAAUUGUCGAUUGGCUUACUUCUGCACAUUAUAGUACUUCAAAUAACGAAAUCAGAGCAUUAUGAUUAAGGUCACGCGCACUAAAAUGUUGUCUAGUUUCCUCUGUACAAUACUAUGUUCUUUUUUUUAAUUUAAGCAUUUCUUUCUGUGAUAUAAUUAGUGUAUACAGAGCACCUUCGUUCUAAUGUUGUUAAUAAAUUAUUUUUGCGUGCUGUAAUUUGAACAGAAUUAAUAGAAAUAUGUAAUUGUAAUAGACAACAUGUAGCUUAUGAAAAAAAAAGUAUUUAACUUCAGUGUCUUUAGAAAAAAUGUAGCGUUAAGAUUAAAAGAAGUAGAUGCAAAUAUUUUGAUCGUUUUCGCAUUUUCUAGCAAUCGAAGAAUCGGCGCAGUUGAUUUUAAUGUGAUUACUAAUGGUUACCAAUUAGUUAAAAACGAGCAUUACGACUGAUUUAAGUAUUAAAUUCGCAUUUUUAGUGAUUGAAAUUUCCUCCUCGCCUUUCAGUUCAUUGCCAGCAUUCCAAAAUAGUUGUGUACGAACAAAAAUUAACUGCGUCGCGAUUCGGUUGCCCGAAAAAUUCCAACAUUCCAUAAAAAAAUGACUUAAUUUUUAGAAUGCAAAUAAUCUAGUCUUUGUCUUUUUAUUGUUCAGCAAUGUAAGGUUUAGUCGUCCACUGACUGUGACUGAAGGGAUAAGAAUGAUAACCAUCUAGGAAGAGUCGAGCUUUAGAAUAAAAAGCGUUCCGUCGAAAUGUCUUGUCAAAAAAAAUAUUUCCAGCGAUGCAAAGCGAAUGUGAGCAAACAGUUUUUACAUUGCAAAUAGUUCUAGUUGGUACCACCUAAUUAUUAAGGGUAAUUUAAUUUAUGUGAAGCUAUAAAUCAACGAAUUUAUUUAGGCAAAUAUUUUUAAUACGUAGAUUCGACCUUUGAUUAUUCAUCAAUUAAGUAUUAAUUUUAAUUUCGCUUGUACAUAUAAAAACAUGGAGGUUUUUUUUUAUAAGUGUUCGUUUAUAUUUUUGGUUAAUCAUUUUAUUUUAAUUACACCUCUUGAGCAUGUGAACCUCAAAAAUAACGAAGGAUACUUACAUGUAGUUACUUAAUAAUUUUUUAAAUAAUUAGCUUUAUGGUAAAGAUAUCAGCCCCGUUUAUCAUUCUCAUAACCUCGUCAGUAAUCCCAGUCAACAAAAUAAUAUACUAGACCUUUUUCUGUCCAAUUUAAAUCAAUCUGUCCAAUUUAUUAUACAUGUACAUUAAGUGGGUUUUCAUUUUUUGUCCAUCUAAUUCGUAUGACAAAAGCCACUUGCACGACAACUACAAUCAAAUGAAUAUGGAUGCUCUAAAUGUGCAAAUCAACAGAAAAAGGGGUUUUUAAUUUAUAACAACGACGCAUUAGUGGCUAAGAGACACCAAUGUUUAAAUAAAAAUAACAAUAUUUUAUAUUUCAUCUGCUCACGUAAGAAAAUUCAGUCGGAAUUUAAAAGCAAUAACAGCGUUUGAUUAUCACCUGAAGCAAUAAUAAUUGAAUAUCAAAAUUUGGUGGCUCUUAAGACACACUAGCGGCAUUUUGUUUUUAUAUUUUAAAAACGCCGUUUCAAUAUACAAUUUUGACUAUAUAGUAUAAAUUUUUUUGUAUUGUACCUCUCAAUUAUAACAAUAUUAGAAAUUUGAUAUCAUUCUAAGUUACGUAAAGGUAAAUAUAAUUAUUCGAGUUCCGCAAAAUGAAAGCUUUAAUCAUCUUUACACUCUGUAUAAGUAAAAUAAUCAGAUUCAAAAUGACACAGACGAGGCCAAAAAAGUAGCUGCUGAAUUUUAAAUGAAUUGUGUAAUAGAAAGUACUAAUGUUAAAGGGUAGUUUUUUGGUCUAUCUGUAAUAAAUUGUACAUUUGGAUAUGUAAAUGUAAAUAAAAAAAUCGUUAUAACUCUUGGUCUUAUUAUAGGAAAAAAAGGCUUUUAUGUUUUUACUCGAUAUGGGUUUGUUGUUUUUUUUUUGUAAGUAAAAAUCCAAAUAGUUAUAUUUUAUAUAUACAUGUGUGUAUAUUUUUGUUGUUUAUAUUAAAUUAUUUUAACCUCAAUUGAUAGUUUUUAAAAGUUUAUUUGUAGCUGUGGUCCUAAAAGCAAUUAAAACAAAAAUAUCAAACCGGUU